AUGUCUCACCAAAUAUUCAUCACUACCAUCAGUGACGCAACACGACAGUGUGCGAUUGCGUUUUCAGAUAUCAUCCUACGCGCUGCAUCUGGACAAGAAAUCCCUGAUCUUGCCAUGCUCAAAGAACAACAUGCGCGUUUCAGUAUCUGGGCCGAAGAUCUAGGGGUAUCACCCGAAAACUCUCCAAUUCCAGAUCAGCCUGAACAAACGAAUGAUGAGGAUGAAUAUUCUUCAGAUUCAUCUCUAGGGAUGAGUGACGAUGAGGACACGGAAAGCGAGCUGGAACUAGCGACAGAGAGCCAUUUCGCCACGAACAAACAUACCCAAGUCAUUGGAGAAAUAAUUUCCCAUCUAUACAGAUUCAACUCUAUCGUCAAACAGCCAAAUCUCCAUAUCGAAGACCACAAGAUGAACCGGUGGGCUUUGGAAGAAGGUCAACAGCUAGAUCAUCACCUGGAAGGACUCGAACUAUAUAUGUCAUGCUCGCUGGAAAGCGACUUUCCUACACUCCAGGCGUUUCUCAGAGAUCGCUUGAUAAAUACCGUUAUACAAAGGAGAAAGCGACUUCUUUAUCAGGAAGAGUGCUCUGCAAAACUCAGGAGUAGCUACACAACUCAGAACGACUGGAUCAAUCACAUGUCCUCCCAGCAUGCUCGAGUCUGGGUUUGUCAGAUCAAGGGCCACGAGACCCACCUGUUCCGGAACCCUGCAGACCUGGAGACUCAUCUACAGGAUCAACAUUCUGACAUUAUUGGUACCGAUCAAAUUUCAUAUCUUGCUGCAAGAAGUGCCAGAGAAAGUUCGGAUAUCUUGGGAGCUCUUUCGACAGCGAACAUGGCUGGAACUGGCGAGGGAUUACCUGUAUGUCCAUUCUGCAAUUUUGCGGCACCUGAUCGUUGCCCUACUGCGGAGAGUUCAAGAGAGACAUAUCAGAAGGCCUAUGAUCACAUAUUGGGGCACCUCAAAGUCAUAGCACACAAAUCCCUACCUCCCGCCCUUCAAACACCUCAGCCAAUUUCGCUACGUAGCUUCAAGAUUGCCAUCAUCUGUGGCAGCUCUCUCACUGCUCGUGCUAUGUGUAAGGUUUUUAAUGAAGACUCAAACAUGGAUCACCUUUUUCAAAAACGUAUUGACGAUAGGAACUCCUACUCUCUUGCCGCCAUCGGUCGUCACAAUGUGGUUCUUGUUCACAUCGCAAAAACGGGCAAAUCUGGCCCGGAAACACUGUUUUCGGAUAUUCGCAGAAAUUUUCCUUAUGUAAAGCUCAUCGUGUUAGUAGAUGUGUACCCUGUCAUCCCGCCGCGUUUGAAUAUUGAGAUCAAUCUUGGCGAUGUUAUUGUCGGGGACAGAGUGCAAAGAAGCAGCGUGAUGACACAACGAUAUCCCUACUUUUCGAAUUUAAAUCACAAACCUGGAGCAAGGGUACGGUCUGUGCUAGCCAAUAUGAGAACGACCCAAUUUCGAAAGAUGGUGCAGCAGAGAGUGUCCACCAACCUUGAAGUUUUAAGGAAAUAUCAGUCACUGGCCACUACUUACCGUAGCACUGGAUACAGCAAAAGUGCGAUACAGAUGCAUCACGGAGGAAGGGAUCUUGAAAGGUUUUCCCAUAUUGAUAAUCUUGAGCGACAGUCCAAUGGGAACCCGGACCCUAAUUUCCAUUUCGGCGCCAUUGGCAGCCAUUCAUCGCCGUUAGAACUCUACAGCCGUCGGCCUACCUUCACGGACUAUUUCAGGGAAGAAACAGUUAUCCAAAGUACUCGCGAUCUUAUCCCUUAUCGGCAGAAUAAGGACGAGCGGGAGAGUUACGCUGCGAGCACUGCGGCAGCCUUCACAUCUGCCAUUCUAGAUUUUUGGCCUUCUGAUACUUCGACAGAGGAUUCAGCAAUUUCUGAUCCCGUGUAUCAUAUUUCGAUUCCUAAGAACGAAGAAUUUGUGGAACGCAAAACGUCUAUGGAGGCCCUUCAAGACAAACUCUUCCGAAGUGAUGCAGAACAAAUCACCAUAUAUGAGUCGAUUAGCAGUGGAAAGACCCAGCUCGCCCUUUGGUUGGCGUACUGGGUGAAGGACAACAUGCAGGAUUAUUCUGUCUUCUGGGCUGCAGCCAUGAGUAAAUACGCGUUUGAGCAUGAUUGCCAUCAAAUUGUGAAACGUCUUGGCUAUCGAUGCACAGCUGGAGAUGAUCCCAAAAUAGUACUGCAGAGGUAUCUCAGAUCUUACAGCUCUGGGAAGUGGAUAUUAAUACUCGACGGAGCGAGUGACGAAGAUCUGACGUACGGGCAGUAUGAUCACCCUUUCGAGAUCAGCGAAUUCCUCCCAAAUAGCCGAAAAGGACUGAUCCUUGUCACAACUGGGUCUAAGGAAGUGGCUUUGGUAGGAGAUGCUGUAGUCACAUUGUCUUUCAUGACUCCUGACGAGUCAUUUAGCCUCCUCAGUAGGUCUUUGGUUAGUACGUCGCACGAUCAGGCCAUGGUGAAAGAGCUUUUGGAAAUUAUCCCACAUCAACCUGUUGGAAUCUCGCUGGCCGCAGCCUACAUCAACAUCAACGAAGUCGCCAUCAGCUCCUACAUUGGAUUCUUGAAGGAUGCAGAACGUUCCGCCAUGACCCUCCUCAACGACAUAUCGGAUACACGACUCAACAUAUAUAGCACCUUCUAUAUGUCUUUCGAACAAAUCGAAAAACACUUUAGUCUCGCAGCAAGAGUACUGUUAUUUGUUUCCUUCUUCGAACAAAGCAUCAUUCGCACCUCAAUCCUCCCGGGUGCAGAAAACGUUCAGCAGUUCGAGGGGGCCAUGAAAAUACUUUAUGAAUAUGGGUUUCUGGCGACGAAACAUGAUGGUGACAUACUUCAUAUUCACAGGCACAUUCAUCGAGCAACCCGGAUAUGGACACAGAAGCGAGGCUUUGGAGACCGUCACCGAGGCGCUGUUGCUGCUCACCUUGUACGGAUCUUAACAACUAAUAUCUUGGGAACCCGGCUGUGGCGGGAACUAUCUCUCACACCCAUAAUGGUGUUUCUGGCAUUCCAAAAACAUUUCAAUCGCGAUGUAUGUGACUUGGGCUGCCUAGUUGGGCAGCAUCUUCGUCAAAUUGGACGUGUGGAAGAGGCCAUUGAAAUCCUUGAGGCAGUUUUGAAAUCCCAGAACUCUGCUUUAGGGAAGGGCGAGGCAUGUUAUCUGGCCUUGGAGUUUGAGCUAGCAAGCUGCCGAACUAUUGGAACAUCUAACUGCAGUUAG